UUGCAGUUUUCGUACUAUAUUCUCGUAUCUUGUGUCGCCGUUCGCGUUUAUCCCGUCCGUCGAUUCGUUCGUUUUGUGUUCUGUACAAACAAAUCCAUUCAAAAACCUCAAUCUUCGUUGUACACAUUUUACACCUUGAUAUCAUCGUCGUCGUCGUCUUACAACGACCUAACCCAAAAUGUCUUACAACCGUCGAAGUGGUGGUGGUUAUGGUGCCGGAAAUAGCGGUAGCUAUGGAAAUUCUUAUGGACAAAGCGCAAGCAAUAAUUUUAGUGGCUCUGGCAAUUAUGGAAGUGGAGGCGGUGGUGGAAGUGGCAAUUUCAAUGGGGGUGGCAGCAGCCGUUUCAAUAAUUUCAAUAAUUAUGGUAGAAACCCGAAGAUGAGUCCUUGGGAAUCUGGUGUAUCCCCAGGAGGUGGGAUGAUGCCUAAUGUUCACCCCAAUCAAAUGGCUCUAGCUAAUGAUUUAUUAUCWAAGCUUUUAGCUCCUAAUCAGGGYGGAUACGGAAGUAGUCAAAAUUGGGGUCCAACCCCUGGAAUGGUGAGAAGACAAGAAUCGUUUAAGAACCAAAACCGGCGCAGGCCUGAUAAUCGCAAUCGUAGACCUCCUCCAAAAAAGGACGAUAAGAAAAAGGAUUCUAAACCUGAAGCGGAUAAAAAUGAUAAGAGCAAUGAAACAAAUGGUAUCAAGAAAGAAACAACAAACCAAGAACAUGUGGAUUAUGAUGGUAUUCCAACAGCUGUAUUAUUUUGCCAUGUUUGUCAAAAACACAUGUGGGACGGAGCCUCUUUUGAGAAACAUGUACGUGGUCGUCCUCAUGAAUUGAUGAUGACAUACUUGGAUGAAGGGUACAAAAUGCAAGUGGAGUUAAUGCGUCAUCAGAUUAAAGCAGCUGAAAAUCAAAGAGAAAUUGACCUAGAACGUAUGCAAGCUCAAAAUAAGGGAAAAGCUAAACCAUUGUUCCGUAACUACUGUCCUAUGUGCAAUAUUAAUUUCUAUGGCCCUUUGACUGGACAUCGUAAGAGUGAUCGUCAUCGUAAAUUGAAACAAUUUCUUCAUCCUGAAUGCAAAAUGUGUGAUACAUUAUUCCAUACUCGUUUAGAAUGGGAUGAUCACAAAUUGUCUUCAGAUCAUUUACGCAAAGUUGGUGAACAGCGCCGUCAAUUUAAUCCCGAUCUUAAAGAUGAUGAAUUUGAAUUGCUUGAUGUGAUAGUAAUUGAAGAUGAUGAACAUUCAGAAGAAAUACCUGUAGUAUCAAAAUUAGAUAUGCUUGACGAUCAAGAUAUGAAAGAUGAUGAAGAAGAAGAAGAAGAAGAAGAAGAUCAAGACAUUGGAAAGGAAUCUGAAGACAAUAAAGAUAAUGAGGUAAUAGAUGAUGUUAAAGUUCAGAAGGAAAAAGAAGAGAAUGAUGUUUCCAAAGAAGAUAAUGAUGUUUCAAAAGUAGAGAAUGACAAUUCUAAAGACGAAAAUGUAACUUCAAAAACAGAGAAUGAUAAUUCCAAAGAAGAAAAUAACAUUGAUAAGGAGUUGAAUGAUACUGUUAAAGAAGAUACAUCAGUGAUUAAAAAAGAAAAAGAGGAAAAAUAUAACCCUGCUAAUGUUGUUGGCCGUGAACUUGUAGUUAAAACUGGAGGAUAUGUAUGCCGUAUUUGUUCAAUGUUUAUGAAGAAUGACGAAGAAGCAGAUUUACAUUGUCAAACUGCUUCACAUUAUAUUAACUUCACCACUAUUACAAAAUUACAUGCAAAAAUCAACAAUCGAAAGCGUAAAAUGAAAGAAGAUAAAAAAGAAGAUGAUGAUAAAAAGGUGAACACAGAAGCAACUGAAAUUGAACAACCUGAGAAAAAAGCUCGUUUGGAUGAAACUGAAGAUGGUGAACCAGUAGUUGAGCAAAAUGGCAUAGGUGAACCUCAAUCUGAACCUAUGGAUGAUGAUGUGCAAGAGAUAAAAUCUGAUAUACCUUGUAUUGAAAUUCCUGAUGAUGAGUUGAAAACAAUUAACUCUGAAGAUUCGGUAGUUGCAGAUCCUGUUGUUAAAAUUAAUGAAGUUGUUGCAGAACCAGAAUCUGAAUCAGUAAAAGAAGCUCCAGCCCCAGCUGUCAAAACUACUCCACCACGUGGUGGUCGUGGUGGCCGUGGUCGAGGAGUGGCAAGAAGAGGUCGUUCAAGUCGCUAAAAUAACAUUUAAAAAAAAAAAAAUUUAAAAAAAAAAUGGAGGAUAUACAACUU